CUCUUGUCAGAGAGCUGUCAAACACGCGCAUCGUGCGGUUCGGACAACACGUGCGAUUUAGUUUCAGUAAAUAAAAGCUAUUUGUGCCACGCAAAAUGAAGGUAAAAGCAGCUAAAAAGGAAAAAUUGGUCGGGCAAGGACUGCUGCCGAUAAAGAAAACGAAAACAGACAUUCAAAAAGCUAAGAAAUUAAAGGGAGCAUUGAAACAAUCGACGGCCAAAGUUGCGGCUGCCAAUGGCGCUUCAGCGAAGCUACCCGGAAAGCGUGUAUUUUCUUUGAAGCUACGGCCCGAAAAAGCUAAACAACAGAAACCUGCCGCUGGGAAGAAAGAUGGUCAAGAAAAAGCUAAACAACAGAAACCUGCCGCUGGGAAGAAAGAUGGUCAAGAAAAAUCACCCCGGAGGAAGAAUCGUUCCAAAGCAGCAAAGAAGCAAAAGAAACAGAAAGCUGCAGCGGCGAACCAAAAACAAACCGUGCCUGAAAUGAGUGAGGCAAAGAAGGCUAAAAAGGAAGCGGCAAAGUUGAUUAAUAAAAUAAAGAAGGAGGAACGAAAACUAGGUGGUAAAUUACCGAAGAAAUCCACCGAAGAAACGUUGGCGCUCGUACCGGAAGAGCUGAUUUCGAAGGAAGCGUUUAAGCAGAUUUACGAAACCUUCCACAAAAAGGGUGACGAGAAGGGAAACAGACUGUUCGGAGACGAUUUGAAGUAUAGUAUGCAGAUUAUUAGCGUAAAGGUGCCACGGUGUCCAUUAAGGAUUUGUCGAAUCACCUAUCCCCAUUCAAUGCUUCGUCAAGAGGAUGAAAUUUGUCUGAUUGUGAAGGAUCUGACCCGCGGUCGUAGUGUCGACUACACGCCUACGUUGCACGAGUGGGAGGAUAAGCUGAAAGGGUUGGAAAUUGGCCACAAGGUGCAGAUCAUUCCGUUUCAGCAACUGAAACGCGAUUACGGUGCGUACGAGAUGAAACGCAAGCUAGCACAACGCUACGAACGUUUCCUGGCCGAUGCACGCAUCAGUGGCCAUGUGUUCGCCUUCCUGGGGUCUCAGUUUACAAGGCGUUGUAAAACUCCUAUAAGUGUCAACCUGGAAAAUGAAGCAGACAUCAAGGAAGUUAUAGAGAAGGCAUUGUACAUGCAGUCUUACCAACAGGGAAACAAGGGAAGAACGACGGAAAUUAAAUUUGCCGCACACUGGAUGCCGGUGGAGCAUGCGGUUGAGAAUGGAAUGGCGCUGCUGGAGAAACUCAAGACCGUCUAUCCGGGUGGUUGGUUGAACAUUCAAACGAUUAACAUAGCAACCGCCACUGAAAAGUCUGAGUCGUUGCCGAUCCACAUCAGUACGGUCGAUCCCAAUUUGGUGCCGGUGCCGGUGGUGACUGGUACGCGCGAAAAGUUCAUCAAAAAACAGCAACAGUUACUGAAGAAGCGCACCGGUGGUAAGUAUGAGGUGACCAAGGAUGGUGUCGUACGGAUGGCGCGCACACCGAAACGGUACGGUGCGGCAAACAAUGGGAAAGAAUCGGACGUUGAGCUGGACGAUUCAGAACUGGAAGAGGACAAUAACUUUUUGCCUUACGAUGAUGAACCACGACGACAGCCUCGUAAAGGCCGUGCUCCUCGUGGUAAUCGUCAUCGUAAUGUUCGAGGUCCGAAGAUGCGAGUAAAGUAAUCUGAUUUCCUAUUUUUCAAUAAAGUUACACGAUACCAUCCCAA